UGUCACAGAUUCCAGCCUUUAAGCAGAGCCUGUCUGUCCACCCCUCAGACUCCAGCGCUGACUCAAGAGGGGGCAGCUCGCAGACCGAAGUGCCGAAGGAGGGUUUGCCUGCCUGGCCAGACUCUCUUCACUUUCCGGCAGACAGGGAAAACUGAGUGCAGCCAGGAGCUGAGAAUGCUUUACCUGACCUGUUCCUCAAAGCUGGCCACUCUGAGAAGACUCCUAGUCAGCAGCUUUCCAGAGUCACUGAAGGUGUGCGGGGCUUUGCAUCAUGUGAUCCACGAUAACCCUUUCAGGCUACAGGUUCUGGUGGAUCAGUGGCCAGAGUUCACUUCUGUCAUAUGUCACCCCCCACUAGAGGAAAUGACAGAUCCCUUGGAUCCUUACACCAAUACAUACUUUCUCUUCAGUAAAGACCCACACAGUCUGCACCAGAUGCUGCAAGAUCCCCAGACUGUAAACUGGAAGCAGAAGUUACAGAUACAAGGUUGCCAGCCACAGUUGGGGAAGGUGCUUCAAGAGAUCAGUCGCACUUCUGGAAGUGAAAUACAUACAACAAGUAACCUGUUAUACAUGAGGGAUGGGAUGGAGGAAGAGGAACUGAAAGACUGCCCAAUAAGUGAGUUGCAGUUCUCUACACUCCACCCUGAUGAAGCACAUUAUGUUAAUGCAGCCUGGGCAUUUGGUGGCAAUGAACGCAGUGAACGCUAUGUGGAACGAUGCAUCCAGGUGUUCCCUAAUGUGUGUGCCAGAAAAGGAGGCGUGGGGCCACCUGUUGCCUGGGCACUUAGUGAGCAGUCUUCAGAGCUGCGUAUGGGAUACACAGACAGACUCUACAGAAAUCGAGGAAUGUCUCGUACCAUGAUAGCCAGGCUUUCUACUAUGCUGUAUUCCAUAGGAGCCCCACUUUACUGCCACGUGGCUCCAGACAAUAAGAGUAGUCAAACGGCUACUCUGGCAACAGGACUCCAAGUAGUGGGCAGAUGGCAGCAGUGGGAAUUCCAGCCGUUGUGACAUUGAUCCUGGUUCUUUAUAUUUCUUAUCAAAUACCUCUGACCCUUUAUUAAGAAGUAUGAUAGGAAACAGAUUUCUUUGUUUAAAGUGGUUUACAAUAAACAUAUAUCUUAUUAAA